AACCAGAAUGUAAAAAAUAUAAUCGUGUUAUUUAAAAUGUGUUAUAUUUUGAGUAUUAUCGUCAAUAUUUACGAGUGUUUUGACUUUCUCCACAAAUAUCGGAAGUUAGAAGAGUAGUACAAUCAUUUAAGUUUCUUAAACAAAUACACAAUUAUGUUAACAAGCAAUACAUUAAAUGAUGCAGAUUUAAAAUCUAGACUGGCUCGAUUUGGCAUAAAUUAUCCGAUCACAGAUACAACUAGAAAUGUUCUGUUUAAGAAACUUUUAAAAUUAGAAAUGAAUUCUCAAAACGAACGUAACAAUCAAUCGAAUAAAUUUGACCGCGAAUCAAUGGUAAAAAAAUAUACAAAUAUGUCAUCAAGAAACAUAUUAAAUAAUACAGAUUUAAAAUCUAGAUUGGCUCGAUUUGGCAUAAAUAAUCCGAUUACAAAUACAACUAGAAAUGUUCUGCUAAAGAAACUUUUAAAAUUAGAAAUGGAUUCUCAGAAUGAACGUAAAAAUCAAUCGAAUGAAUUUAACUGUAAAUUGAUGUUAAACAAAUACACAAUUAUGUCAUCAAGCAAUAUAUUAAAUGAUGCAGAUUUAAAAUCUAGAUUGGCUCGAUUUGGCAUAAGUAGUCCGAUUACAAGUACAACUAGAAAUAUUCUGCUUAAGAAACUUUUAAAAUUAGAAAUGGAUUCUCAGAAUGAACGUAACAAUCAAUCGAAUAAAUUUGACUGUGAAUCAAUGGAUACUACAACAAAUGACUUGAACGAGUAUGAAAUCCGUGAUGGAAUUUCCAAGUAUGGAUUAAAGCCAGUCCCAUUGACUGAUUCUACUCGUCCUGUAAUAAGCAGUAUUAUCAGAAAAAAAAAUGAACAUUCUUAAGUCAUUUAAUGUACUAAUUUUAUAAAUUACAAUUUUAAUACUAAGCAUUGUACCUACUGAAAAAAUAAUUUAAUAAAUAUAUUUAAAUUACAUCAAAAUA